UCCUGGCAAUGCUUCGGAAUACCAUCUUCCUAGUAUUAGGCAUCAUGCUAGGCGUUCGAGUCACGGAUUUCGUGGGCUACCUGAAGCUGUGGAGGGACAACGACUUGCGGGCGAGUGAAAAGGCGGCGCUGCUCAAGUAUCCGGUGGCCUCGGAGGAGCACCUGGCCUUCUGGCUGACGAGGGAGGUGCGAAUACUCUGCCUGGUGCUCACCAUGCCAUCUUCGCACAGCACAAAGGCGGCUCGGGUGAACCGCACGUGGGGAGCCCGCUGCAAUAAGCUGAUCUUUAUGAGCACCAAGGCAGAUCCCCAUCUGAAUAUUCUCAAGAUGAACAUGUCCGAGUCCCGGCAGAACCUAUAUGCCAAGGUUCGCACAGGAAUGGCCCAUGUGCACAAGCAUUACCUAAACGAGUACGACUGGUUCCUGAAAGCCGAUGACGACACUUACAUUGUAAUGGAAAAUCUACGUCUCUUCCUAUAUCCCUACGAUCCGGAAUCGUCUGUGUACUUUGGCUGCCGCUUCAAGUCGGGGUUCUCCCACGGCUACAUGUCCGGUGGCGGAGGCUAUGUGCUCAGCCGAGAUGCCCUUCGGCGUCUGAAUUUAUUCGCCUUGAACAGCACCACCACCUGCAAAUUGAACGGGGAUGCCGAGGACCUCCAGAUCGGUCACUGCCUGCAAGAUGUGGGUGUUAUAGCUGGCGAUACACGGGACUUUCAGGGACACCAUCGCUUUCUGCCCGUCAGUCCAUUUAACGUGAUCCCUUUCAUCGCAAUCGGUUCAUGGACGGACGGCUACUUCUUCCACAAACCAAAUCGACUGUUGCUCUCCCUCAGCCAUAUCCUUUCAUUAUGUCAGGGACAUCGAGUUCGAGUUCUUCGAAUUCUUUCUGUACUAUUUAAGAGUCUUUGGAUUGCACAGGCCGCAAAGGGCUCUUCCAUCGCGCCUGGGGUUCCGGCAGAUGAACGAGCGACUGCAGCAUUGGGCUCACCAAGUCAGCGACAACAAGGGAUAACUAAAGACAAUCCUGUGAAUAAACCCGUCUACUGCUUAACGAUAAGCUGGAUAAUUAGAAUUAAAGUAUUAAACAUAAAUAUUUUGUACCAUUUUUUGUUUUCCCAUAUAUUUUGUCGCCAAAUAAGUGAAGCUUUGUAGAUUGUAUAGUUAUUAUAAUAUAAGAUGAA